AUUGUUGUGCAGCUACAGGAUUUUUUGUCCCUGUCGCUGUCUAGCAACCAACCAGUGCCUCUUUGUACAAUCCGCCUUUUUUGCGAUGUGAUUAAAGACUCGAAACAACAUUUUCUACAUUUGUUCUUUUUCCCGUGGUUGCCAGUUGAAGGAUAUUGGUCAUCUACCUUAUAAUGAUGUGGUGUGUGUGGAUCUUGCUUGGCUUCGCCCUCUGUGUGGACACCUUCACGGUCCGCGACAUCCAGGAGCGCCUUUCCCACGGACGCCAGCUGAAGAUCUACCUCCCAAAGAGCGUGGACAAGCUGGAGUUCACGCCGGCGAGCGAGCCGGGGAAGACGUUCGAGUACUGGACCACCAGGUCCAUGAGCAGACACCUACACAAGGGCUACGUGUCGGGCACGGGCAGCGACCGGCGCUGGUACCUGGACAAGGUGACCUUCGAUGACGAGGGCACGUACACACAGAAGGACUACUGGAACAAGGAGAUCUCCACCUUGAAGGUGGCUGUCACUACCAGGCAUGACUACAUCAAACGGGUGGCAGGCCAGUCUCUUUACAUCUCCCUGGAGGGCAUCCAACUGGACCACGCCACUCUGAGCUUCUCAGGGGAGAGUGCCAAUGUGACGCUGGUCCGAGAUGGCUCCCCAGUGUCCCGCGACCUGCUCGACUACUACGACCGUGUCAAAACCCACUCGACCAAAAUCGAGAUCACCAACGUGAACACGUCGGACGUGGGUUACUACACGCUGAAGGACCACAGGGACAGGGUGGUGUCAGUCAACCGGAUGGAGCUCACAGAUCACCUUGACUCUACAGAUGGGAACCCCCUCAUGGCCCUCCUGCUGCUCCUGGGGAUCCCAGCAGGAAUCUGCUGCUGCUGCAGGAAGAAGAUUUUCAAACGCAAGCCCGCCGCCGCCACCACCACCACCACCUUCCAGGCCCAAGGCUCCCCUCAGAAUGUGCCUCUCCCGCCCGCCUAUGGAACACCUACAGGGGGGGUUUCUGUUGGACCUGGCGGCCCAGUUUACUACCACAACACUGGCCCCGCUCAGGACCCUAACAAUGCGUACCCGAGUGUGGGUCCAACCGUCCACCCACCCCCGAAUCCUGGCAUGGCUGGACCCCAGUGGAACGGUCCCCCUCCAGCCAUGAAUCCAGUCUACCCCACCCAGGACCCAAUGUACCCCCCCGCCCAGCCUCCCCAGUGGAACGGUCCGCCCCCCGCCCAGCCCCCUCAGUGGAACGGUCCACCCCCCGCCCAGCCCCCUCAGUGGAACGGCCCACCCCCCGGCCCCGGGGCCCCUAUGGGCUAUGCUCCAGUGAUGUACAGCAGCCCACCCCCAAUGGCUGGUGACCCAGCGAAGGCGUCUCCUACUGAUCCUCUCCUCGCUCAUCCUCCACCUGUACAGAAUGUCCCAGUGUCGUCCCUCCAGCCACCCGUACCCCCUCCAACAGCCCCCGUCACUGACUCCACAGGCAACGCCUACCAGUUCCAGAUCGAGAAAGGAAAUAGCUCCAGCAACUUCCUGUAGGCGUUAGGAGGUGUGGCAGCCCGUCCUGUUAUGACUCUGUCCGAAUACCCUUCUACGUCUCCUUUCCUCAACUCCUUUCCUUGAUUCCUACGUCCAGUGUAUAGAUGCAGAAGUCAACUCCAACAGCUGCUGCAGAAGGACAGGAGGGCUGGGGUCCGUUUCAGAGUAUUAGGACAGACAUUGGAAGAAUGUAACUGGCAAGGGCCAGAUGUUUCAAAUGAGCAGACCCUGAAUUAUUUGGAAUGAGAGAGGUCAGGUGAGGAAUAUCUUUCGAUUUUAAAUGUGUAGCCUUAUAUUUUGUAACGUAUCCUUUUUAAAAACUGGUUGUCCGACGGUGUCAGAACACGUGUCAAAACCUUCCAACUGCCUUUUAAGAUGAUGUGAUCACCUGACCAUUAAGGGAAAAAAAACAACCACCAAUCAUCCAAUUGAGCAUUUAAUCAAAAUCAAUCACUUAUCCAAUCAGAUCACAAACUGGUACCCAUCUGUCCACUCAGGACUCACCAAGACUUACUUCAAGCCAAUACAAUAGCUACUUUCUGUUUAUCAAUAAGAAAACCGUCACGUCUUCUAUCAUAUUUUGUCGUGUUUACAUUAUGCAUGUGCCACUCCUUACUACUAGUACUAUUGCCAUGGAAACAGGGUGUGCAUUAUCUAAUAGGUCAAUCACCUCCAGGAAGCUUCAUGAAAGAGCCUGUGGGAAUUUACUGUCAUAGCUGGUGCUCUAAUGCGUGGGCACUGUUGUAAGGUGACAACAAUACUGGAAGUACCCAUAUCCUGUCCUGGCUACACAACCAGAACACAGAACAGACUCUUCACCACAAACAGGUCCAUCAGUCAAGCUGGCCGUCAAUCUAAAACACCAUUGAAUUCAGUUAGUCAUUAUUAUAAAGGUCUAGAAUUACAGACUAUUUGUUUACAGACAAAGUAAUUGUCUCUAUACCGCCGAUCAGUCUCGGAUGAACCUCAAGCCAUUAAAUGUCUGUGCGUGUGUGUCUCAAAUGCACACGAGUCUCAGUAGUAGGAGGAGUCCUACUAGGAGCCCUGAAGGAGACAGGAGACAGUGCCUUCAAGUCUCUAGCUGUUUGGUUACAUGUACACAUGCUCAAAUUACCAACUGGUCACGGCCAAGACAGGAAUGUGUGCAGUCUGUUUCACCCUCAAACCAGCGUCUUCAAUGUGGUGCAGAACU